AUGUCUGCCGAGUCGGAAUGGGCUGUGGUGGCCAAGCGCAAUCCUGACUUUGUGCUCUCAGAUGCGGCGUUUCCUCCGCCGUCAGCGGUGCGCAAGCCGCAGGACAAAUCGCCGGCGGCGCGCAAGCUGCAGGGCGAACCGUCGGCUUGGAGCCAGCCGCCUCCGCAGCGAUCGCAGCCGGAUCAGCCGAGCAAGGCUUCGCCCAACCGUGCGGUGGCCACCAACGCGUGGGGCCUCCCGGCUGUGCAGCCGGCAGCGGCGGCCGGAGGAGACGACGGAAGCGGGAAAAAGAAGCGGAAGCGGCGUCCGCGCCGGAGAAACAAGACCAGCGGCGGCGGCGGCGGCGGGAGCAGCGGGAGCGGAGUGGCAGAGGCCCGGCGCCGGCCAGCGCCGGGCCCGGGCCAGAUAUCGCUGAUGGACUUUAAGAUCACCAAGCGCGUUGGUCAGCGAGUCCGCAAGCAGAUGGGCAUCCGCCAAAAGCUGGCCGAGUCCAAGCGCAAGGCGCGCCAGGCCCGAUCGGCGGCGGCGGCGCCGACCUCGUUCACCGCCAAGUCGCAGACCCGCGGCAAAGUCCGCCGCCGCAAGAAGCGGCUCUCCACUUUGAAGAAGGUCGUCAACUCGGAGCGCGCCCGUCUACUGGAGGCCCUGCGGGCUGCCGCCGCCGAGAAUGGUCCCGAUGCAGACCCCGACGUCGGCCCUGAUGAGAAAGCGGAUGCGGUAGAUUCAGAUCCCGAUGCUGGCCUUGAAUGGGUCAAGCCGCUGCUCGAGAUCGAAGCUUUCGCCCAGCUCCUCGCCGAGCUCGAAGGCUCCAGCUCUGGCUCCGACGCGGGCUCUGACGCAGGCUCAAACGCGGGCUCUGACCCAGACUCUGGCGACGAGACCGGCCUGGCCAACGAGCUCGAGGACGCCAUCGCUACCGAGCUGGAGACCGGGCUGGAAGCUGCCCAGGUGGCGCGCAUGGCCGACGGCGCCUCGUCGGAGCUCGCUGAAGAGCUCGAGGAGGCCGCGCGCGCCGAGUCUGAGGCGCUGCGCAUGUUCCUGGCACGGCUGCUGCCGCGGGCGCUGCAGCUUGCGCACGUGGCGGUCGCCAAGAGCCCGGCGCUCGCGCAAGUGCUUCCGGACAACCACCGCGAAUAUGUGGACCAGCUUGUGCCACCCGAGCUCAACCGGCUAAUCCCGCCCAUGCUCAAGGAGCUGUCGCGGCUGCAGGAGCGGGCCCGCGUCCUCAAUCCGACCAAGGCCAAGCGGCGGCUGGUGACCGGGCUGCGCGAGGUGGUCAAGUUUGUCAAGGUCGGGACCGCCAAGGCCGUCAUUGUCGCGCCCGACAUCGAAAAGGUCGAAGCCGACGGUGGGCUGGACGACAAGAUCGCCUUUAUUCGCACCAGGGCCGCCGAGCUCGGCAUCCCGCUGGUGUACGCGCUCUCGCGCAACAGGCUCGGACGGGCCAUGGGCCGCAAGCUCAAGAUCUCCGUCGCCGCCAUUCUGUUUUACGACGGCGUCAACACCGAGUUCAACCGCAUGGUCGAGCUCGCCGACGAGGGGCGCGCAGCCUUCGACGCUGCUCUGGCCGCCGCCGAGUCCUAA